CUACUGUCAGUGAAAAAAACAAUUUCGUCAACAAAAUUUGAAACCGUUUGCUUUUUUGGUUACAAAAUUUAAAAAUAAAAUUAUCAAGUGACUUUUACAAAAUAAAUCCAAAUUUUCUUUUCGUUGAUAUUAUUUGGUCAUAAAAUAAAUUGACAACCCUUAAUAUGGAUUUCCGAGACGUGAGGGACGAAUCCGUCGAUGACGUCAUUAAUCACGUUUUACGGGCACUUCAUAACCCACGGCACGUUUCCUCGACGGGAUCGGCCAAUGAUCUCCACCAUCUGCUGGUCGAGUUUGGACCUUUAAUCCCCCCAGCAACUGCCGAAGAUCCAGUUAUUGAUUUAAUAGAGACAAUAGUGCGGGAAUCAACGCCUGCAAACUCAUCAGCGCCAUCUACGAGUCACAGUUUGCAUGAAAGUCCGUCCAUUUUGUCGACAGAUAGCCGUAGGGGAUUCUGGUCGAAAUUAUUUAAAAGAAAGUCCCAGAAGUCUACGGAAGGCUUCCAAGAUCCUGCAGAAGGUUCCCAUGAUCCCGCGGAACCUUCAAAGUAUUCGUUACCAUCAAUAGGAUCAGCGAACGACUCGAGUGCUUCUGCUUCAGCUUUGAAAGCUGCUGAAAAUCAUGUUGCUCAGCUGGAAGACUCUGGGCCUGGUGAUCUAUCUUCCGUCAGUGCUUUGGGCAGGGAAAUAAAUCGUAGGAUUUGCGUGUGGUCUUCGUCAAUGACUCUGAGACAUGAAGUAGGUUCCGGUAGACCUGGAGACCCGAUUAAUGUACAGUUUCAUUCCCAACCUGAAGAUAUCAUUGGUCAUUGGAGUUUGAUCGGCAAUGAAGAUCCGCAAAAUACCACGAGUGGGUUGAACGACUGCCUAUUCAACGCAAUUGCUGCUCAGACGGGUCACAAGCCCUCUGAGUUGAGGGAUAUAACAGUUGCACGCAUGCGCACGAAUAUUAGAAGCGUGGCCAAUAGGAUUCGAGAGCUAGCACGCCGGGAAGAGUGUGACAGGAUUGUGCUGAUGGUCGGAGGUGCAAGGUACCAUGGAAGCACAGCCAGAGACGCGGGACGAGUUAUAGAUAAUUCGCAGAGAGGGCGCUCGCAUCCGAACCACGCGUCUGGUCAUCCUAGAGGUCACGCAUCGAAUCCUUCAGCUACUGGACCGAAUGAUAGUGCCGAGAACUAUUCGAGGAAUGGGUGGAAGACUGCGUUCCUAUCACUUGAGGAUCAAGAUGAUGUAGGGAAUAGGGUUCUAAGGACGCGGCAAGUUCAAAGAGCGAUGGAGGCAUUGAAUGCUGGAGGGGUGAGACAGGUCGUAAGGGUCGACGCCUCAGAGGUCGAAGGGCAGCUACCGCAGGGUGCGCAUUUUAAUGAUGGACGAAGGGGACAGGUCCAGGAGAUACGGGACCUGGUUCUGGUACUCCAGCAUCAUGCGGGUCAUCAAAGAGAUCCAGAUUACGACGUUUUCGUCCAUACGUUUUAUCCUGUUUUGAGAGGGUAAUUUUUAUUUGGGGGACAAUAAAUUAAGGAGUCGAUAAAUCGAUUAAUACAUGGACAUAUCGAAAUGAAAAUUCGAUACUUUUGACUUUGAGCUAAAACUGGGAAUUAUUUGACAGAUCGAUUCAAAUUUCGAUUUAUCGAUGCUGGUACAAAGUAUCGAAUUUGUAAGAUUCGAUGUAUCGAUUUACAAAUCGAUUAUCGCAACGGUUUAAAAUUUUUUUAAUUUUGGUAAAUUUUUUAUUAGAAUUUAUGAAUUUUGUAUUACAAUGUAUUUAAAAUCU